GGAUGCAGCCAAGGCCAUCGUGCAAGGAUUGUGGCCAAUUAGAGCGCGAGAAGUGAACAAUAGCCGACCAGACCAUGUUCAGACCUGCCACCAUGCUGGCAUUCAGGCCCGCGGGCAUCUACCGCUACCACCCUCAUGUCCUCUAUGCAUGCAGGGCGAUCGGCACUGCUAAGGUAAGCUUAAGUGUCUACGGCCCCCGGUCGAAAAAAUCGGGAAACGGAGAUUGGGCUUCUGAGGUUUUGAUUGGAGAGUUCGAUAUGCUCGAGCCAAUUGAGCGACCGUGUUUCUGACAUUUAAUUUCCACAUUCCCGAUUUUUAUCAUCUGAGGCUGUAAUACUGUAGCCCACAAACUGUGCUAACUAGGCGACAAUAUUUGGCAGAAGAAACAAACCAAUCCUAAGCGUAAAACUGCAUCUUCGGAGGUGAUCAUGGAGGAGGAAACUACUUCGGUGGGCUUAAAGUUCUAAUGGCUCGCAAACUGUUCUAACGACAUUCGACAGACUCGGGGGAAACAAACCAAGUACCAAACAGCAUAUUCGAGGGUCAGCAUGCCGGACGCCCAGAAGAGACUCGGGUUCAGAUUCAGGGACUUCGAAGAGGAUGGCAUGCCCGUCAGCCAGAUGUUGGCGGAGACCAAGCCCCAGAUCGAAGGUCUCUCAAACGAUCAGAUCCAGCAAAUUAAGCAAACGGUUUUCAACAAUAUGGUCCAAUUUAUUCAAGUCGAAGGGUAUCCUACAGAAUCGGAUGAAAACUUUAAAGAAGCGAACGUCAACGACUUGGUUCUGCUUACGAUCUUUCCCAUACUCGCGGCGUUCAGAUGCGAGACGGGGCACAAAGUUGAACUCUUAAGGGAAAAAGAGAUUAUUGCUACAGACUCCGAAACCGGCGGUACCGAGGAAUUUGUUGGGAUGAGCGUUAUCGGAGUCGGGAACCAGAAGUUUGUCUUUGUUGUAGAGGCGAAGAAGGCCUCUAUUGGACAGGCAAAGAAGCAAUGCAUGUUGGCCCUAAAAGACAUGGGAGAUAACAAUGGUGCAGGCAUCGGGUUUGGUUUUGUCACGACGGGGGAACAGUGGCAAAUGAUCUGCUACGAUUGCAAGGUUUUUACUCAGACAGAUCGCUUUCAAGUAUUGUACCAUAGUAUGGGACACAAGAAAGAGAAAUGGAUGAAGGAGGCCUCGAUCAUCGUGGAUUGUAUUCACACGGCGAUUAGAAGUGGGGGAUUUGUGGCCGCAUGAUUGGGAGUGGACGUCUGGUUGGGUUUUCCCGUGGGGUUUGUUUGUGGUGGCUGGUUGUUGUUCGGGAGUGUUAAUGAUUUUUGCUAAGCGGAGGGGUGGCCGACCGCAGGGUGGUACGUCAGCCGCCUGAUGUGGCGGGUGAUGUGGCGAGUAUGAUAAAUGAGAGAGCGAAUAAGGCCGCGUGAACCUAGGCAAACGGUGGCUUGUUCUUUCCUGUAUGAUAGUCGGGCAUACCCUCCACCUCUCUUUCUCAAUCAACCUCAGUCGUUUCAAC